AUGACUCUAAAAUUUGGCUGCAUAAUCACUGUAGUCAUAUCGUCUGAAACAGUGGCCAAAGAAGUCCUCCAAAAGCAUGACCUUCUCUUCUCAACUCGAGCUGUCCCUGAUUCGAUCCACGCAAAACAACACAACGAAGUAUCAAUGGAAAGCGUCAUGCUUUUGGAGGCUGUCCGACGCCUAAAAGUACAAGAACUCCUUGCCUACGUUCAUGAGAGCUGCCAAGCUGGUACUGCACGAGAGUUUAAGGAGGUGGUGAGGAGUAACAUGGAAGUGGAUGGAAAAUCCAAGUUGGUGGAUUACGUUCCUGUGCUAAAAUGGAUUGACCUGCAAGGUAUAAGGCUUCGCAUGACUGGAUUCUUCGGGAAGGUGAUAAGCGUCUUUGAUAGUGGAUCAAAACACAUUGCUAUCAAGGAAAAAUCUUGUUUUUCUUCUAACAGAAGAUGUACUGGAUAUUCUUCUCGCCAAAGAGGACAGUUAGCAUUUGAUACUGAUGUUGGCUUCACUCCGGAUGUUGCACUUGAUGGUUGGCUUCGCUCGUUCACUCCAUUACUUGGAAGCUUGAAGAUGGAUUCGCUGCAGAGGAUAUGGACAUGGAAUACAAGUUUGGGCUUAUCUGCGGAAGGCUCACAACCUACGUGCUAUCCCAAUGCAAGCUCCGAAAAUCGAUUGACGGUCUUCUCCUGUGCCGGAGCACCACAAUUUCCGGCUUCGAUCACGUACCGGUGUAAUCUUAUACGGAACUUGACACACCUCAUACAUAUACGAUCAUUGAAGUCCGAAAAUCGAUUGACGGUCUUCUCAUGUGCCGGAGCACCACAAUUUCCGGCUUCGAUCACGUACCGAUAUCUUGGGUAUGUUGGGGAAAUAGACUGGCAUCUUCUCGAUCGCAUUUUACCCCACUGUACAGUUGACCAGCUGAUACACAUUGAGAAUUCAACAGAAGAAAGAGAUCUUAGUCCAGUAACUGAUAAAUUGUGGAAGAGAUUUUAUGAGAUACAGUUUGGUGCUAAGAGCACCAAUCUUGUGGUUGAGAGGAUGAAACAGAAGAAAGUAACUUUCAGAUGGAAACAAUUGUAUGAGGCAAAGUCAAAGAAUGUGGAGGAAAUUCAGCAAAAGUCAUUUGAUAGAAUAAAACAACUGUAUAAAAAAGAAGAUGCUCAACCUAUAUACGAGCAUGCACGCAUUGGGAUGUCAUUUUUCUCUGGUGAUUUAAAUUUCAAGGCACUAGAGAAAAUACUGCUUCAUCAGGUCAGAGGGAGGGGUGAAAAGGGGGGGCGUGUGGGUGGGGAAUUUGAAGCCAUCCUCAACCUGAAAUUGGAGCUUGUGACUUAUGGAAAUAUUUGGACAUACCAUGAAAACAAAGUCGGCAAGUUCGGAUUUGCACAAAGGUUCCACCUUCAAGCUGUAAAAGAAGUUAUUACGGAGGCAUUGCAAAGUGUUGGUGCUUUAAAUACAUAUUCUGGUGGACCUGGUAGCAGUGUAUGCAAUACAAAGAGCAACUUAAUGAAGAAGGCAAAACUAGAGUUUCUUAACAGCAAAGAGGUAAAGAAUUUUUCAGCUAUGAAGAAAAAUGCAGUGCAAAGAAAGCAUGGUCUCUCUUCCAUGAGUAAGCCAGUUGGUUUUUCCGGGAAUCCUUCUGCUUCAACUUCCAAACUUAGUAAGCCAACAGGAAGGAGAGCACUAGAGAAAAUACUGCUUCAUCAGGUCAGAGGGAGGGGUGAAAAGGGGGGGCGUGUGGGUGGGGAAUUUGAAGCCAUCCUCAACCUGAAAUUGGAGCUUGUGACUUAUGGAAAUAUUUGGACAUACCAUGAAAACAAAGUCGGCAAGUUCGGAUUUGCACAAAGGUUCCACCUUCAAGCUGUAAAAGAAGUUAUUACGGAGGCAUUGCAAAGUGUUGGUGCUUUAAAUACAUAUUCUGGUGGACCUGGUAGCAGUGUAUGCAAUACAAAGAGCAACUUAAUGAAGAAGGCAAAACUAGAGUUUCUUAACAGCAAAGAGGUAAAGAAUUUUUCAGCUAUGAAGAAAAAUGCAGUGCAAAGAAAGCAUGGUCUCUCUUCCAUGAGUAAGCCAGUUGGUUUUUCCGGGAAUCCUUCUGCUUCAACUUCCAAACUUAGUAAGCCAACAGGAAGGAGAGUUUAG